AUGCCCCGUGCUUACCGUGAACGAUCAAUUAGGACGCUGCCGCCUCGCUCUGAUAUUGAGCGUAGCCAUCGAAAGCGGUCUGUGCGAGACAGUAGGCAGUGUUUAAGUCAUGAUGCAGUGCGUUCAUAUUCGCGUCGCGAUAGGUCACGCUCGCAUCGCGAAAGGUCACGCUCGCAUCGCGAAAGGUCACGCUCGCAUCGCGAUAGGUCACGUUCGUGUCGCGAUAGGUCGCGUUCGCUUUCGCGCCAUGAAAGGUCACGCUCAUAUUCGCGCCGUUUCCUCUCGCGCAAUAAUAGAUCGCGCUCGCGACACGAUAUAACUCGUUCGGGCCGUGAUCGCCCUCUUUCUGGUGACAAAUAUUCAUGCGACAGGUCGAGGUCCCGCUCAGUUGGUUUACGUCGUGGAACUAGUAAAACUCGAUCCAACCCUCUAGAUGCCUCUGUAAAAGAUGCUUUAGGGUCAAUAAUGUCGCGAUUGACUGCUAUUGAGGAGAAUACGGCCAGUGGCUCGCACGUACCGUCGUCCGUCCGUUGUAGCACACCUCCGCUUGAUAAAAAUAACGUUUCCGCUACUCAAGCGUUCGUUGAAGCUUUAGGUAUGUUAACGAGGCCUAAACCUAGCAACUAUUAUGUAUCUAAUUUUGAUCCGGCUGUCAAUAACUUUGGGGUGUGGUGCGCCGAAGUAGAGCGGGCUAUACGGGCAAAUCAUUGGGACGACUAUGAGUGCUUCUCUCGAGUAGCUAAUUGCCUAAGAGGUGACGCAAAAGCCUGGUUAAAUGAAUGGGCUACUAACGAGCGCUCAUGGUCAAAUUUCGUUAGAGAGUUUAGGUCCUUGUGUCCACAAACGGUAAACUACGCGCAAAUUCUCCACGAAGUCAUUAACUCUACGUCAGAAAAAUUUAUGUCAUACGCGGAAUUCGCGCGUCGUUCGUUGUUGCGUUUACGUCUUGUAAAUGGAUUAAGCGAGGAACUUAUGGUUCAAAUUGUGAUUUUUGGUAUUAAUGAUGUACAAGUGCGCGCCGCAGCUACUAACGCCGACUUAACGACAGAAAAUCUCGUCUCAUUUUUAGCCACCUAUGUUAAGUCUGCCCGCAAGUUCGAUAAUCGCAACCCUGAUAGGCCGAAAUCGUUCAAUUCUAGUGCAGCUAAGAAGCGUAAUUUUGGUAGUUCGAGUAAACCAGAAAAUAAAUGUUUUGUCUGUGGUGAAAGAGGUCAUUUUAGAGAUAAGUGCCCUAAGAAGCGAAAUGUACCUGAAAAUACUGAUGAUAGGCCGGUUUGUUAUUUUUGUAAGAAGCGUGGACACAGAGAAAGUGACUGCUUUGCGAAAGCUCGAUCUGCGGUUCAGAGCGGUAAUAAUAGUAACCAGCGAAGAGUGAAUUUAUGCAACGAGCUUUUAGCCACAAAGAACAACAACGACAUUAGUACAGCCGUAAUCCAGGGUAUACCCGUCGACAUUUUAAUAGACAGUGGCGCACUCAAUGUUUCUUUGAUAUCAUCUGCGGUAGUAAACUACUUUUCUGGUUCACGCAGACCGAUUAACUGUUCUUUGAAGGGAAUAGGUGACAAAGAGUUUGUCGCCCACGAAUAUAUUACUUUGACAGUCGAACUACGUAAUAUCGCGCUUGAAGUUGAUUUUCUCAUUGUACCUGCGUCGUAUAUGAAUACGCCGAUCAUAAUAGGGACAGACGUUCUCAAUCGUGAUGGCGUCACGUUUAUUCGCACGAAACAUGAACAAUACCUAACUCACACACCAGAUAGGGUACUAGGGGUGAAUGCUGUGAAUGCUAACGGGUUCGACAACAUAAAUACGCCUCUCGAAGGUGCGGAGCUUGCCAAUAAUUGA